UUUUAUUUUUGGUUAGUGUCUAUAGGACUGGUAAGAAAUUCUGCUCCAAAGAGUCAGUGUAAUAGUAAUGUCACUGAGUUAGACAACGUAUGGAUUAGUGGACAGUGCAACUAGUAGGAGUAGCCAGAUGAUUUGUGGAAUGCAUCAAUAAGUGGAAAAUUUAAAUCUAAAUUCAAGUACAGGUUCUUUUUUCUCUUUUGAAGUCAUUAGCAUAACACUUUAGUUGGCUAUUUGAGUAAAGUAGGAGUGAAUUCAGUUAUUCUGCAUUGAAAAAUAUGACAAUGCAGAUACAAUUUUCAAAUAAAAUUUUAAAUUCUUCUAAAACUUUAAUGAAGUAUUACGCUUGAAGUGGUUGUUUUUGUUUCAAUUAAUCAGCGCUAAUAAUGAAAGACCAUGAAGGCCCAGAACUUAGGACGGUGCCUGGAGUUCAUAAACAGGAGGCCAGGUCAUUUUUCCCCAUGUAAAAGUGAUUUUUAAAUUUGAUUUAAUAACUUUUCCUCCUACACAAUAGCGUCUCUGCGGUUGCCUAAAUAAACCUCAACAGAAAUCUUUCUUUUUAGGCAAAACUCAGAAAAUUUCCACUUAGUGAUAUUUUCAAAGCGAAAAGCGCAGGCACUGUUCUUUCUGGAGGCAUCUCGCAUUUGGCUCCAGAAACUUUUGCUAAAACGCCCUUCUGCCUAGAACCGUCCAAGCGGCACCACCUCCAUCUGCGGCAGAAAGGAAAGCGGUCAGGACUUUUGCCCAAGUUACAGUUCCGAGUCAAAACACCCGGAUGAAGCCGCCAUGAGAUUGACAUGAACUUUGUCCAGUAGAAUUUCAGAAGGGCGGAUCCUUUCCCCGAAUGCUCCAAUCGGCACGCAGAGCGUCUUCGUCUCCAAGGUGAACGCGGAAGUAAGGCCUUCGCUCCCCAUGGAGCCACUCCUGCAGCAGGUGGAGCGCUUUUCCGAGGUGCUGUCGGUGUCUCGCAGUAACCACGUGAGCACCUGGGGCCCCGAGACUGUGCGCCGGGCGCUGCAGUGGGCUCGCUACCUGCGCCACGUGUACCGGCGCUUUGGCGGCCACGGCUGCAUCCGCACGGCGGUGGAAAGGCGGCUGCGCAGCCAGUGGGGCCCGGAGGGGCCCGGCCGGGGACUGACGAGCUUCCAGGCCCUUGGGCGCGGGGACGUCCGGCUGUCUGUGAACCUGCUCCAGAACCGGGCGCUGGGUGAUGCUGCGGGCCGCGCCCUGCUGCAGCAGCUGUUUCCGGGCGCGGCCCCCCGGGACGCGGACGCAGAGGCGCUGCAGGCCCGCCUGGCCCUGCUGCUGCUCGGGCGGCUGCGGGAGGCCGAGGCGGGGGACCCCGGCGGGUGGCUGGGCCGCCUGUGGACGCGCGCGCCGCGGGACCACUUUCUGCAGGUGACGGCCGUGGCGCUGUUGCAGCCCCCGGACGAGGAGUCGGGACCGAGCCGUCCAGAGUCGCCCGGAGAGGAGAGUCACCUGCUAGUUCGAUGGCUUCUGGAGCGAUCGGAAGUCCUGGCUGCCUUCUGCCGCCUCCCAGCCGGGCUUCUGACUUCGGUGGCGGCUCGCCAUCCUGCGCUCUUUCGCGCCUACCUAGGUCUGUUAACCGACUGGGGUCGAAAGCUGCACUAUGACCUUCAGAAAGGCGCUUGGGUUGCAGCUGAGUCCCAGGACGUCCCGUGGGAGGAGUUGUUCCACAGGUUUCAGAGCCUCGGCCAGGCUCCUCCACCUCUGAAGGACAAGCUUCUAACUGCCUUGGAGGCCUGCAAAGCGCAGGAUGGCGAUUUCGAAGUCCCUGGGCUUAGCAUCUGGACGGACCUGUUGUUAGCUCUGCAGAGCAGUGCGUGAUAAUCGCGUUUGGGAGGACACCAGUUUGAGGUCCCAGCUCAAGCUCCAGUUCUCCUUUGACAGUGUUCUGUUCUUAACUACUUGAAUGUGUAGUUUACAGAAUGAGAAUUGCAGGGUUCUCACCAAAUCACCUGUGGUUCUUAAGUCAAAAUGUAAUUAUUUAUGGUACUAAAUUAAAAUGGUUUGUGCAAUUAUCAA